AUGAUGCACCCCCCGUUUAAUCUUACCAACCGCCACCGGCGGCUGAAGAGCCCGAUCCUCCCGGCCAUAGGGGUUUUCAUCUGCUCCGCCAUCCUGCUAGCCCUCGUCCUGAUGUUCUACAACGAGCCACUCAUCAGCGAGGAGGACGAGAUCGCCGUGAGCGCUGUUAACGAAAUGCGGCGGCAUAUGAAUGAGUGGGUCGCACCUGAGGUGAUAAACCGCAAAAUUUCCCUCCGAAUGGCCACUCACGAUCAGGCGAUGGACUUUUAUCGCGUGCGAGUGAUAAUCGUGCUCGAUCCGUGGGUUUGGCGUCCAAGCGACGCCGUUUCGAGGGUAAACCUCGACGACGGACCAUCCCACGCGCGAGGCUCCUAUCGUGAAGAGGUGGAGCGACUCUUCCACUCGCUUUCCGAGGCGAAUUACGAAACCCGGCGGUUUCCCGUCGACGUCGAGGUGCGCCUCCUCCAUCGCGUGGAUCGAUCGGGAAAGGAGGCGGCGGGGAUCGGCGAUUUGAUCGGCGCCCUCUCCCGCUUCGCGUGGGUUCACGGGCGGUUGAACGUCGUCGUCGUCCGACAAGAAGGGCCCUCAGUGGUCCCCUCUUCGUCUUCUUCUUCUUCUUUUCACUCCUCUUUAGCGUCGAGGAGCCCUCUCGAGUGGUGGCUUCCCACAAGCGAGUGGGAGGUGGGGGUGCUCGUGGAGCGGCCCGCCGUCUUCGCGCGGGAUUGGUUCGUGUGGCUGCAGGCGAUGAUUCGCCACUACGCGGCGGCACCCUUUGAGGACGUGAACGCGCCGAGGGUGCGGUCGGAGCCUGGGGAGGGCAGCCGCGAUCGCGAACCCUCGAUUUACGAAGAAAUGAACGCCUUCCAGACGAGAACACAUAUCGGAAACCCAACGUCGAUGCACUGGAUGGGGGUUUCACUUUCCCACCCCGAGGGCGUCCGUGAGAGCGAUCUGCGGAUCGCGGAGGAGCUGUGGAAUCCCGGUCACCACGCCACGAUGGGGAGCGUGCUCAUCCAGCGCCCCGGGCGUGAUAUCACGGCGUUCUUCGCCAAGCCUUGGAAGGCCUACACGGAGUGGUGGCUGCGUGAAAAGAGGGCGCAAGGAAACCGCGAAUCACCUCGGGCGUCCGAUCUCGAAUCCCGUCCGACUGACGUGCGCUUGACGUUCCAGAAUAGCAUGCUGCAGCGGUAUAUGAUCGAACGUCAGGCCUAUUUACUAUUUCCCAUGCUACCGGGCAAUAAGGUCUUAGCGGCCUGCACACGCGGCUGGAAUGAACGGGAUAAGCAGGGAGACAAGUCGCACGACCCUUCGUUACAACUGGCAGAGAAGGGCGCUCUGGAGUAUAUUAUGCACAUUAUCGGUGAGCAAAAGAAACCGGAAGUGUUGCUUGAUUAUUCCUUGCAACGGGUUCGGAGUGAGUUGGAUCUUCCUUCACGUGUCCGCUCCUAA